AUGACAUCAACAACAAACGAUCAGUUGAUAAAUGAUAUAGAGAUGGAUCAUUUUGGAUGUUCCACUCAUCGUUUAUCAACUACAGGUAUUAACUCAUGUGUUUCAUUUAUUAUUCUUUUGAAUCAUGGUGAACACAUAUUCAUGGAACAUAGAAGCGACGUUUAUUUUCCUACGUUAUUGAACAUGGAAAAUGUUCGUCUAUGCUUCGAAAAUAUUGCUGAACAUAUUUGUAGAAUUCAGCCACAAUCAGAUGUCACGGGUAUUGUGAUGUUGGGAGGUAUUGAUAAUCAACUACGGUCAAGCGAACUUCAAAAAUGCAUUAAUGAAGUUAUUGAAAUUGGUGUUGAUAGCAAUGAUACAAAUAAAUCACGCCAUUUUAAACAAUUAUUCAAUAAUAUAAUAUGUAAUGAUGUGUGUUUUAAUAUUGCACCCAAAGGAAAACGAGGCAUAGAAUCAAUUACUGGCGAGCCGUGCUUUGAUUUAAUUGUUGAUAAAUAUAUUGGAGAUGGUGAUGGUUUAAUAGUUGUAGUUCAACAUAUCAAGAAAUUUGUAACAUCUGAUAUAAUAAUUGGCGUACUGGCUAUUGGAAUAAAAAGCAACAAUAGAUGGUUUAUCAUUGAUAAAUACGAAGCAAAAAAUAAUCAAGAUAAAACAGAACGCGAACUGAAUUAUCUACUUGAUGCGACAAACCACUUUUGUUUACGUGCUAAAGCUCUUGGUGCAGUGGAAGUUCAGGGUGAUAUGGCGAGAUAUCUAUUAAAUUACGGAAAAACAGUGUCAAAAAAACAACAGUUGAUCUUGAAAGUCAAAUAA